AUGGCAGAUAAUGAGGAGGUAGAGGAAAGUACUGCUCGUGGGAAUGGAUGGGAAGUUGUCUCACUUACAGAAUCAACAUAUGCUGCUUCUCCUGGUCCACAAGGAGUUGAAUUGAACAAUGACGGCAAGAUCAAUACCUAUGGAGAGCAAGCGGAGACUUCUCAUGCUCUGUUCAUGUCUGGUCACUUUGUUUUUCCACCCAGUCAGCACGAGAAUUUGCCUGUGGAGACUGACAGCAGCAAAAUUCAUAAUGAACAUGUGGACAAGGAUGCAGUAACUGAGGCUGAGAUAGGUAUUGAAGGUGGUAGGUCCAGUGGAAAGGAGGAAGACACUUUGACUUUGAAAGGAUUGAAUGUUCCGGAUGAGUUUACGGGAAUGCCGUUUUCAAAAGAGAAGGAUAAUAUGCUAUCCAUUGGUGGUACAGACUUUGAAGAAGGCGCUACACUGCAAGGGUCUAUGGCUGACAAAGAGCAGACUAUAUAUGAUGCUGCUAAAUAUAGUUUAGAUGGUGAAACAGCUCUUGGUGGUUCAACCCCAUUUGGUGAGAGCACUGCUCUUCCUGGACGUAUUGAACCUUCAGAACAAGGUUUAGACUCUUCUGAGGACAUCUCACAAUCCCCAAGGCCACCGCAUGAUGAUAAAUUUGACGUUUCUGGCCUGCCUUGUGGAGCGUGGUGGAAAAGAAGAGCUGCUUCAUUGUAUUGUCAUGCAAAAGAAGCAAAUGCAUAUUGGUCUAUUUUUGUAGCAGCAGCUGUGAUGGGGAUUGUGUUACUCGGGCAGCGGUGGCAGAAUGAGAGGUGGCAGGCUCUACAACAAAAGUGGCAGUUGAGCGUCAAUGAUCAGAAAACAGGAAGGAUUCUUGGUCCCAUAUCUCGACUUAAAGAAGUGAUAGUUGGCAGCCAGAGCCGAGGAUCCUUUAUCCGGGUCAGCUCCUCAAGCGACUCUUAA